AUGGACACUGCAGCCAUAGCCAAGAACGGGGCUCCCUACCCCAGUCUCACAGCCCAACUCGGCCUUACGCCCAUCACCAGCGUCGACGUCCCCGUCUGCUGCGUCUUUCUGGUCCUCUAUAUCCUCGGCGCCGCCAGCCACAUGACCAUCUUCCAGCUCAACCGUCGCAAAGGCCACAAAUUCAUCCCCAGUGCCGUCACAUUCGGUUUCUGUAUGAUGCGCACGCUGACUUGCUCGCUACGGAUCGGCUGGGCAUACAAACCUACAAAUGUGUCGCUGGGGAUUGCGUCAGCGAUCUUUUCGAAUGCGGGGGUUUUGGCGCUUUUUGUGUUGGACCUAAUCUUUGCGCAACGAUGUCUUCGAGCCGCAUUUCCCAAAUUCGGAUGGACGAAGAUGGCACGUAACGCAUUCUUAGUGAAUUACUUGCUCAUUCCGUGUGUGCUGGUUAUGCUUAUCGUCACGUCGGUUUACACGCACUAUACCCUUGACCAGAGCUCGCUCAAGUCGUGCCGCGAUACUCUCCUCGUAGCAACGACGUAUAUGGCUUUCUUCUCAUUUCUGCCGCUCGCAUUGACCAUCAUCAUCGCCAUUGUGCCGAAAGGUGCAGACAGCGAAAACUUUGGAGCGGGCUCGUUUGCGGCCAAGCUCUGGAUUGUGGGCGUUACGUCGUUUCUGCUGUGUUUGGGAGCCACGUUUAGGGUUGCAUGCAAUUUCAUGCCGACACGACCUGCGACAGAUCCUUACUCCUUUCAGGGACGAGCAUGCUUUUACGUGUUUUAUUUCACGCUUGAGGUCUUGGUGCUCUACACUUUUCUCUUUGCGAGAAUUGAUAAGCGAUUCUGGAUUCCUAAUGGAAGUCGAGGCACUUAUCUGGUGAAUGGACUUCCCAAGGAGUCUGCUGUGGAAGAAAAGUCUGAAGAAACGAUUCAAAGUGUUUAA